UGUCUAUAGACCUCCUUCCCCAAAUCCUGAACUUGGUGGGCGGGGAGACCCUCCACAGGGCUCGGCCCCGCCCAUAAAUCCCCGGGAUCCCCCGGGUCACGUGAUUAGAGAUCGCACGUUGCUGCCUUUGUUUAAUGUUGGAUUGGCGCUCAAGAAAUCGCACAGCGACCGGACCAGAGAGAGAAAGAGAGAGCAGACUGUACCGGGGGGAGAGAUCUACACAUAGCUCACAAUGAGCUGGAGCUUUCUAACCCGCCUUCUCGAAGAGAUCAACAACCACUCCACCUUUGUGGGGAAGGUAUGGCUGACGAUCCUGAUCAUUUUUCGAAUCGUGCUGACGGCUGUGGGCGGCGAGUCCAUCUAUUAUGAUGAACAGAGCAAGUUUGUGUGCAACACGCAGCAGCCCGGUUGUGAGAACGUGUGCUAUGAUGCUUUCGCGCCCUUGUCACAUGUCCGAUUCUGGGUCUUCCAAAUCAUCCUCAUCACAACCCCCUCCAUCAUGUACUUGGGCUUCGCCAUGCACCGCAUCGCUCGCCAGCCGGACGAGUACAGGAGGCGAAUGGAAAAGGUGAAAAGCGUCAAGAAAAGGGCACCAAUGGUUCAUCGUGGGGCCAGGCGGGAUUACGAAGAAGCGGAAGAUGACAAUGAAGAAGACCCAAUGAUCAGCGAAGAGCUGGUUCCAGAGAAGGAUGCUGAGGAUAAGAACAGAAAGAAACACGACGGAAGAAGUCGCAUCAAGGAGGACGGGCUGAUGAAGGUGUACGUGCUGCAGCUGCUUUUCCGCUCAGUUUUUGAAGUCGGGUUCCUCUUCGGACAAUAUAUUUUGUAUGGCUUUGAAGUCGCCCCAUCCUAUAUAUGUACACGAAGCCCGUGUCCUCAUACCGUGGACUGUUUUGUGUCUCGUCCCACGGAGAAAACGAUCUUCCUCUUCAUCAUGUAUGCCGUCAGUGGGCUGUGCUUCUUUCUCAACCUCUGUGAGCUCUUCCACCUGGGUGUUGGCGGCAUUCGUGAUUCCCUGCGGCGGAAAAGGCCGGACACAGAGGAGGUCCGGGGUUCUAAAAAGACCCCCAGCGCCCCACCUAACUACCACUCUGUGCUGAAAAAAGGGAAGGUCCCCAAUGGCAAGCUAUAUCCAGCAAAUGGUGGGUCUGAAGCUUUUGAGUUGCCGGUGACCCAUUCAGGACUGCAUGAGCUGGACCAACUGCGUCAACAUCUCAAGCAGGCCCAAGAGCAACUGGACUUGGCCUUUCAGUUGAACAGCAUGGCAAACACAGCCCAUCCGUCAAGGAGUAGCAGUCCAGAAGCAAACAGCAUAGCGGCCGAGCAGAACAGACUCAACUUUGCUCAGGAGAAGGGGGGAGGAGUCUGUGAAAAAUCAGGUUUGUGAUAUUCGUAGGAUGGGGUUGGGGAGACGGGGGACUUGAAGCAUUGCCAAUCGUGAACGACAACUGGAAUUGAAUUACCAUGAGGGUCCUGACCCCUCCCCCCCGGCCAGGAAACUCUGCGGAGGGUGAAGAAAAGGGAACGUCUAUGGAGAGCGCAGUUUUUAUGAAUAGCUCUCUGUUUUCUGACUGCAAAAGCUGCAUCGUCUUCUGGAAAGUUAUUGAAAUAUUGCUGUUAAUCCCGCUCCCUGCUGAUGGCUGGAGCAGAGCCCCUCCCCCGGCAGAAGUAAAUGCUACUGGUUUACAAGGACUACCAGCCACCCGCUUCAGGAGCAGCAGCAAGGGCUAUGGCUGGCUGGCUCCGUUAUUUUUUGUCUUAACAUUUUUUUAUAACCUUUUUUUAUUUUUGGUUUGUUCUAUUUUUUAUUCUUGUUUCAAUUGAAGAAUGUUACAUUGGUUGAAAUGUGUUUUGAACAUGGUGGUACUGGAACAUUUCAAUGUUUUUCAUAAAAAGGGAGAUGGCUUUUUGGCCAGAUUUUUUUUUUCUAUUUUAUUUUAUAUAUGAUAAAGUUAAUGUAACCACAACUGCAGCAGUGUGGAAGUUAUCGGUACAGAUGGAGCAUCGUCGGUUUAAAUCUAGAAGGCCUAACCACAAUGGAGGGGCCCCCCUUUUUCUUUUUUCUCUUCUUUCAUGGAGGCCAACAAAGGGAAUUUGUGCUGGGGAUGUUUGUUUGACUGUUUUUUUUAUAAUAUUUUUUUUUUUUAAUGUGCAUAUUUUUUAGUUUUGUAAAAAGUUCAAGAAACGGUGUCUGCUGUGCCGACGCGUUCUAUGCAUCAGGUCAAGUCGGUGUGAAAGACUUUCUAGUGGGGGGGAGGAGAACCAACAUUUCCAACCUCAUAAAGAGAAAAAAAAAAGCUU